CAGAGAGAAGCGCAAGUUUCUCGUGAGGUGUUGCAAAAAGAAACAGAAGCCAGCUUCGAAUCCCCAUCGAAAAUCCGGAAGACACCACCUGAUUCAACAGAGCUCCAUCUCAUAAACACCAAUAGAUACAAACAAAAUCCCCCCAAAAAGCUUCUUUAAUCCCUUCGAAACCGUCAUCACAACACUCGAUGACAAUCCCAAACCGAAUGCAGCAGCAUCCUCCCUCUACUUCAUCAGCAAUCUCACCUCCUUUCUCACACCAACCCCCACUCCAAUUUAAUGCCUCCAACUCUCCCACUUCAAACCCAUCUCACCACUUCAAUCUCAAACCCCUCAAACAAACCCAACAUGUUCAUCUUCAAACUCAAACUCCACUGAUUCAUAAAAACCACCCACAAACCAAAACCCUGUUCUUGUUUGAGCCAUGCAGGCUGCGUGGGAGACUAGAAUGGCAAUGGACCACACGCCGAGCUUGGGGUACUCUUUCGCCACCGACGAGAUUCUCCGCAACCGGCGGCUCAUGCGUCGUGCACCGGCGCCGGUACGCGGCACCGGCUGGCUCCUCCGCCGUGUAAUGAGGCUGGAUGAGGAGGAGCUGCGAGUGGGCCACCACAGCAGCUCGUCUUCGAAGUUGUCUAUAGUUCUGGACCUGCUGUGGAACCUGUCGUUUGUGGUGGUCGGUGUCACAAUGCUGGCGCUGAGCACGGCGGAGAAGCCGCCGGUGCCGUUGAGGUUUUGGGCGAGUGGGUAUGUGGUGCUUAGUGCUGUUCAUAUUGGGUGUGUGAUUGUAAGCAAGAGAGGGGAGUUGGGUUUUGGCUCAGAGGAUUGGGGUUCUGGGAGUGAAGGUGAUAAUGAUGAGAGUGAGCUGGCCCUGAUUGAGGAGCAUAGAAGAGGUGUUGCAAAGACUGUGAGUACGGCCAAUUCCAUGGCUUCAGUGGUUUGGUGGCUCGCUGGAUUCUACUGGGUGGUUGCUGGCGGAGCUUUAAGCGAUGCUCCUCGUCUAUUCGGGCUUUGUGUUGCAUUUCUACUGUGCGAUAUCAUGACCAUCAUUUUAUGUAUUGCUGCCACAUGUCUUUAUUGUCUCUCAGUCUGCUGUUGUCUGCCGUGCAUAGUUGCAAUCUUACCUGCGUUGACAAAUAAGGAUGGGGCUACAGAGCAAGAGAUUAACAGCUUACCUAAGUUCAAAUUCCGCAGGAUUGGUGAUUUUGAGAUAGUUAACGGUCAGUUCCAAGAAUCAUCAGGAGGAUCUAAAACCGAAUGUGAUGCCAGUACACUAAAUGAGCAUGUAAUUUCCCAGGAUCAUGACUGCUGCAUCUGCCUGGAAGUCUACCAGAAUGGAGAAGAACUGCGCCAACUGCCUUGCCAUCACCGUUUUCACUGUGCCUGCAUAGAUAAAUGGCUACGCAAGAGAACUAUUUGCCCUAUGUGCAAGUUUGACUUCUUGAAGCCUAUAUACGGAGAUGGUAGGACAAUCGUGUAAAAUGCAUCGU